UUAUCCUAGAAGACGAAGCAGCGGCAUCCCUCUCUCUCUCUCUGUCUCUCUCUCUCCUUCUAUAUCUCUCGUUUUCAUGGCGCCGAGGAAAAGAAAGGAAGCUGAAACUCCAAAGGAGACGGCAGCAGCUCCGGCCUCUCCGAGGAGGACCCGAAGCUCCUCCGCCCGAGUACCAGCACCAGCACCAGCAGCAGCAGCGCCCGUGCAUAAGCGCCCGAGUAAAAAAUCCAAGCCCUCCAAAGCCGAGGACGGGCCAAAAGAAUCAUCGAAACCUGCUGCUGCUGCUGACGUGGCCGAUGCUGUAGGGUCCAAGACCAUCAUAGUCGAAGCCUGCAAACAAUGCACUCAAUUCAAGAAGAGGGCCUUGCUAGUGAAGGAGGGUUUGGAAAAUGGUGUCCCUGGAGUCAGUGUGAAAAUCAACCCAGAGAAGCCAAGGAGAGGAUGCUUCGAGAUACGUGAGGAAAAUGGCAAAACCUUUGUCUCUCUUUUGGCAAUGCCACGGCCUUUUGAAAAGAUGAGAGCACUUGACAUGGACAAAGUUAUUGCGGAUAUCAUCAAGAAUAUUGCUUGAUGGAGGGUACAUGAACACUUCGACUGUUUUUGCUCCAUGGGUCAAUACCAUUCGAUAUCGAUCUGAAGGAGAGGGCAUGAGGACAAAUGUAGCAGCUUCGCGUUCUUUGUUUUGGUUGGAGCUGUCAUCAAGAUCCCUGCUAUGGUUGCAUUUUGAUUGAAACCGAAAACCUUAAGAGAUGUCUACAACGUGUCAUUUUAUGUGAAUUGGGUGUUGUGAAUUACCCUGCUUUCAUUCUGAGGUUGGGCAUGUUUGUUUUGGUUGAAUCCAAAAUGUGGAUAUGGAAAUAGAAAAUUGGAAUCUAUAUGUAGACGAAUUGAAUGAAAUCCUCAGGGAAAACUAUUUUUUGUUU